AUGGACAUCACAACUAUCUUGAACAGAAAAGGUUCGGCCGCAAUGGUUGCCGCAGACGGACAAUUUGACCAUCAGCAUCUUGUACCGAAUCAUAGCAUCGACCACACCUCGUCGCCGAAAAUGAAGUCGGAGCCCGGCGUCUCCGACGUUGGAGACCAAGCUGUCCUUGCCUACCCCCCUCAUGGUCCGCUCGGCCAAAUGCCUACCAUGGCACAUGAUAUGCGCUAUGCACCCCAGGCACACCCGGCUCCGGGGCUGCCCUUACUGCAGAAUCCUUUUGUCCCCGGAGGGUAUGCGGGUAGUGCUCAAAUACCGAACUCGGGUGCCUCUCAAGGGAGGCCGGACCCUCCUCCGAAGACGUUUCACUGCGGUACCUGCGGGAAAGGAUUUGCCCGGCGCAGUGAUCUUGCAAGACACGAGCGGAUUCACUCCGGCGUUAGACCGCAUGCUUGUGACUGGCCGGGUUGUGGCAAGCAAUUCAUUCAGCGCUCAGCUCUGACAGUACACUCCCGCGUUCACACUGGCGAGAAGCCUCAUAUGUGUGAGAGGUGUGGCAAGCCUUUUAGUGAUUCGUCCUCUUUGGCGAGACAUCGCAGAAUUCACUCCGGGAAGCGUCCUUACAAGUGCCCCUACGCGAACUGCCAGAAGACCUUCACUCGUCGUACCACCUUGACACGCCAUCAGAAUCACCACACGGGUACCAUCGAGGAGGCCGCCGCUGAAACCGAGGCCAAUUUGAGACAGAACAAGGAGAGGGCGAGAAUGCCAGGUGAUAUGUUCUCCGAACACGGUUCUGUCCAUUCUACCCCUUCUCCGGCACACCACCCCAUAUCCCCUGUCGGCGAUCUCCCUCCGUUGAACAUGCCUCGCUCCGACUACUACAUGCCAAACGGCUCGAUCCCAGCCCACGUCCGAGGUGGAUUCACACAGGCUAGCCCCCGGGCUUCUCCGACGGCUACGUCCCCAUCGUUGUCCAGCUAUGGUAGCGCUCCACACCCCCGUCCCUCUAUGACCUCUCAUCCGUCCGGCUACGGUCCCCCGCAACCUCUUGAGCCUCCUGCCAACAACGACCACCGACCCAACAGCGUGAGUGGGAGCCCACAUAUGACCAGCUUGGGCUGGGCUUCUCCUUCGCAUGGCAGCAUUCCGUCGCCUGGUUCUGCAACCGACUUUUACCCUGAGACUAGCGGUCCCGCAUACCCGACGUCUAUGCCUCCUCAUAUGUACUUUCCCAACUCUACCAUCCGCCGGCCCACUAGCACCGAGCCGGACAACUAUGAUCUGAAGCCCAAGAUGGGCGAGAGUGCAUGGUCCACUCCAGUUUAG